UGUUCACACAUUUGCCUUGUUCAUCACCAGGACAGGCAGAGCCGACGGCUGAACGAAGGAUAUCUAGUGUACUACAUCACGUUCACUAAUUGCACCAUCUGUGGAGUGUUGUUCUGCUUGUUUUACUAGUGCUGUGUUUAGCAGAUGAGCUCGCGCGGUCAGUUAGCUACUGUUCCUUUUACACCGCCUCACCAGCUAGUUUUCUAAGUUGGAGAAAUAAACUUCUUAAAAGACGCGGCGGAGGAUACGGACCCAUUUCUGACUUCGCGUCCCGUUUUGAUGCGAGGACUUUACUUCGCGUUUGUCGUUUCCCUCUUUAUUGUUAUUUUAUUUUAUUUUUUCCUGCGUCCGAAGGAGGAGGAACAGAAGGUGGACCCGCGCGCUCAGUCGCCGGUCUCGUGGCUUCUUUGUAUACAGCAGCAGCUGUGUGUAAAUGCAUGGGCACACAGCGUCUGCUUCUCUGUGAGGGACAGCUUCUUGGGCAGCGUCCAACCUUUAUGCAGGCUUCUUCAGAAAUGAAGCAGGUGUAGAAGAGGAAUAUCGAAACUUUACCUGUCCCCCCACCCCCUCCCCGCCACCGUACUAUCUUCCCCUAGCCAAGCUUGGGUGAGUUUCAGAGCGGCUUUUUCCUCCAUCCCUUUCUGAGCGCUUGGAUUGUAAACGGCAGAAACAACUUGUGCUCCGUACAUAGCAGGCUACGGCUACAGCUGCGCGGCUCCCCCACACACCAUGGAUGUAAGAUUUUAUCCGACUGCUGGUGGGAAUUCUAUCCCAGGAGAUCCAGCAAACCUGGAUUUCGCCCACUGCUUGGGCUACUACAACUUCAAUAAGUUCCAGAAUAACAACAACUACAUGAACAUGGCCGAGGCAAAUGGCGCCCUGCUUGCAGCUGGGGAUACUUUUCACACACCCAGCUUGGGGGAUGAGGAGUUUGAGAUUCCUCCCAUCACACCUCCACCUGAGACAGAGUCUGGUUUGGAACCAGAGGUGGGCUCUCCAUUCCCAGUGAUGCCAGAGCCCCCAGCUCAAAACAGGGGUCACAUAAUCCCUCAGUUCCCCCCACAGAGCCUGGAUCUUCCCUCGAUUACCAUCUCACGCAACAUGAUGGACCAGGAAGGGAUGCCUGGGAACAAUGGCCAGCCAGUGAAUGUUGGACCGGGUCAUCUACGUCAGUACCAAACCAACCCAUCCAUGGUGAUGAAAUCCAUCAUAAACAUGAACGGCCCGAAUGGCAUGAUGUCACGGAAUCAGCUGACCACCAUCAACCAGUCCCAGCUCAACACUCAGCUGAGCUUAAACAUGCCAGGACCCAACAUCACUCACACUUCCCCGUCACCACCCGCCAGCAAGUCCGCCACACCCUCUCCCUCCAGUUCCAUCAAUGAAGACGACCAGGAUGACGGCAACCGGGUUGUUGGGGAGAAGCGGCCAGCCCCAAUAGAUCCCACAAAGAAGCCCAAGACUCCUAAGAAGAAAAAGAAGAAGGAUCCCAAUGAGCCUCAGAAGCCCGUGUCAGCUUAUGCCCUGUUCUUCAGAGACACCCAGGCUGCUAUCAAGGGUCAGAAUCCCAACGCCACCUUUGGAGAAGUGUCCAAGAUUGUGGCCUCUAUGUGGGAUGGCCUGGGAGAGGAACAAAAGCAGGUUUAUAAAAGCAAAACAGAAGCUGCCAAGAAAGAAUAUUUGAAAGCUCUCGCUGCAUACCGUGCUAGUCUGGUUUCCAAGGCUGCAGCAGAAUCGGCUGAGGCCCAGACUAUCCGAACAGUGCAGCAGACCCUGGCCUCCACUAGCCUGAACCCUGGCCUGGUGCUGCCCUCACCCCUUAGCCAGCACCCUUCCAUGCCAUCAGCUUCCCAGGCACUGCAACAAGCCCUGCCACGGGCCAUUGCUCCAAAACCUUUGCAGAUGAGACUAGGGGGCAGCCAGAUCGUGACCUCUGUUACAGUUUCCCACCAAAACAUGUCCUCCGGGAUGCCACAGCAGCUGCUGGGCCAGAUGGGUACUGGGGGGUCCAUGGUGGUGGGUGCACAGUCCACAGCAGUGUCUCAAAUGAGUCCACCCAUGCAACCGGUGCAACAGCAUGCCAUGCAGCAGCUCCAGCAGCAGCAACAGCAACAGCAGCAGCAGCAGCAGCAGCAGCAGCAAAUGCAACAGCACCUUCAGCACCAUCAGAUGCAGCAGCAGCAGAUGCAUCACCAGCAGAUCCAGCAGCAGAUGCAGCAUCAGCAUUUUCAGCACCACCUCCAGCAGCAGCUGCAGCAACACCACAUGCAGCAGCAGCAACAGCAGCAGCAGCACAUGCAGCUGCAGCACAUGCAGAUGCAGCAUCAGCUACAUCAGCAGCAGAUUCAACAUCUCCAGCAGCAACAACAACAGCAGCAGCAGCACCAGGCCCAGUGUUCCCCACCCCAACACUCUCCUGGCACGCCACAUUCAGUGGGAGGCUCUGCAUCUCUUGGCAGUCCCCAGCCAGCCCCACAGCAGCAACCACACCCCUCCCAAAUCCAGGCCCAUGCCCAGGUUCUGUCCCAGGUCAGCAUUUACUGAGCCAAAUGGAAAUCCUAUGUCAAAGAACAGGAAUAGAAAAAAAAGCAUCAUUCCAUGUUGCUUUUCUAAGUUGCACUUAAGAAGUGUGUAAGAUUUAGAAUGUUAUACAAAGAACUUGUCCAUUAUUGUAGACAGAUAUGCACAUACAUGUACAGGGGUAAACAUGUUAGCUGGGUUUUUGUCUAUAAAAUAGGCUGAGCUGUGUCAGAAGCCUGUUAGGGUGACCACCCAGUGAUUGUUUAUUUGUUUGUGAGGUCUUUCAGUUGUUGAUUUUUAACUGACUGGGCACACAAUAUGCUGAAAGACAUGUAUCUUUCACCAUUUUAUUUAACAAUAAAGCUUUAUUUAUGAGGCCAGAGUGGUCAGUUCAGCGCAGUGUAAGGACAUUUGGAAUGCGCUCCAACAAAAGCGUUUUUAUCGCCCCUUGCCUGGAUUGAAUGACUCGCAGGAUCCUCGCUGGAAACCAAUACCCCACACAUCAGUCUCUGUUUCCACACUGGCCAGUAUAUACCAGACUUUCUUUACUUCAUCAUUCUCGCAGAUGUAACUGCUCAAAUCAUCACACGGUGGAGGCUCUGCGAUAUUUGAAGACACAGUUAAACCAUGUCACAAUGGCAGACUGUCUCUGAAACGAGGAGACGGGGAAAUAAAACAGUCUUGGGGCGCAGCUUUGGGGAUGAAUGACUGAACAGACUGAGACAGAAAUCACCAUAUAUCAUUCAUGUUGUCACAUCAUCAAACUGUAGCUGUAAUCUGCUGUACAUGUUUUCAAGAGAGGGGAGCGACGAGAUCUCCUUUUUCCAGUAAAUCGACCCUCCAGAUAAUUUGCCCAAGUGUGUAACUGGCAACUGACCCCCCCCCCCCCCUAAAAAAACAAACCUCCUCCUCUAAUCUGUGCUUUUAUGUCAGAUGUUUAACAAUUAAAUUAUGUUUUUAUUUUGUGUAACAAAGGGGAUAUUUUAUGGUAAAUACAAAUUUCUGGAUCAGGGCAGAUGGUUUGGGGAUUGAUGUAUUUUUACUCUGCUCCUUGAUACUGUCACUGUUUUAAGAAAAAAAAAAAAAAAGAAGGGAAACUAGCAGAGCCAGUUUGUUGCACUGCCAAAGCCAACUAAAAAGGCAUCGGAGGUAUUUUUGCCAGUUGUACAGAAGUCCCAGAGGAAAAGAAAAAGAAAAAAAACAAGAAAAAAAAGAGGAAAUGUACAUUUUUCAUAUCACCUGUUGUAAAGUUUUAAUAUGUGAGGCUUUAAUUAAAACAUUGUUAAACGACCUGUGGAUUGAUAUAUCACAUAGUGCAUUUCUGCUCUUUUCUACUUUUUUAUGAGUUAUAAUAGCAGCAAUUAAUUUUCUUUGUAUCUUGCUUACAAACCAACUGCAUUUGAAACUGUCAGUAGAUUAAACGCAUACCCGUAUGGAGUCCUUGAAAAGUU